UUAGCUCCUUAGCUCCUGUAAUUAGCUCUUGCAAAUGCUGUAAAAUGGACAAUGAAGUUUCCCUGUGUGAUAUCGACAACCUCCUCUUUCAACUUGUUCUUCAGACACGGUUUCUUGCCCAAAAGAAGAAUGAACUCAACCAAGAAAUUAAAGUUUGCAGGGAUGACAUAGCUGAGAACCGGUCCUACAAUGAAACUACCCAAAAAAACAUCAAGAAACUUGAUGAUGAAAUUAAGGUCCUGCAGAAUGCUGUCAAACAGAAAAAAGAGGAUGCCAAAAGUGUGAAAGUGACUAACAGCCUACUUCUUCAGUAUGAGCAGACCCUCAAAGCUGAACUGGAUAAGAGAAAAGAAAGCUACAAUCAUGACAUGAGAGAAUAUGAAGAGAGGAUUGCAAGCUGCAGGAAGACAUUCCAGGAGCACAAAGAAUAUUAUACCCAAAAUCCCCUGGCUCAAAAGCUCCUCAUGACUCAGGCUGAAAAAGAGGAGAUUGAGAGUCGGAUCAAGGUUUGUGAUGACCAAAUAACAAUGAAGCAACAGGAGUUGGACAAACUGAAGGGUCAAGCAGCCAUUUCUAACUCCACUGACAAAGAACCAGACAGUGUUUCGUCCCAGCAGCCUGUAAAUGAGCCAAUGCAACAAUUUGAUAACCAGGCAGAGGGCAGUUAUUCUGACAUCUACCCGCAUGUCAACCAGCCAAAGGAUGGGCAUCAACUGUCUGAAGAUAAAGGUGUUUAUGAGAUUCAGGAGGAUUUCAAUAUCCACGAUACCCCUGCCGGCUGCCCAACAGAAGAGACAAACCACAAGCUACAGUCAUAUCAGCACCUUCAUGGCAUGUUGGAGGGAAAACAAAUUUGACUGAAUAGCACCUUCACAUAUAGUAUUAUGUGUAUCACUUUUAACCUUGCCAGUAAAACAUUUAUUUCUUCAGAACAAGAUCAGUCAGAGCCGAUGGAGGCUGAGGAGCAGGAUCAUGGACUAGAACAAGAGGUACAGGUCUUGGUACUGGUAGUUGUGAUGUCUAACAAGCCAGAAUUAGCUUAAAGGAUCAGGCUGCCCAAUUUUCAUCAAGCAGGUAUGUUCUAUUCAGUGAGGUAGUUACCACUGAAACUAUCUCCACCCUAAUGCAAUGGCAGUCUCCAAAGCAGAAAAAAAAAAUG